GCCUACAACCCCCCCCCCCCACCCCCCCCGCUUUCUCGCUGCGGCCUGUGCCGGUCUCUCAGGUCGCACUCGGCUGGUGUCCCUGAUGGAUUUUGACUCGAAGCCCAGCUGGGCCGACCAGGUGGAGGAGGAGGGAGACGAGGAUAAAAGUACUGACAAUACAUUUGAAAGCGAUGUGGAUGGAUUAAGGCAGAGAGGUCCCCUGCCUUCACCUAAAGAAUUGAUCAAAGGGAAUAUUAAAACUAUCAUUGAGUACAAAAUCGAUGAGGAUGGGAAGAAAUUGAAGAUUAUCCGCACGUUCAGAAUUGAAACGAGGAAAGCUUCUAAAGCUGUGGCCAGACGAAAAAACUGGAAAAAAUUUGGAACCUCAGAAUAUGACCCACCAGGUCCUAAUGUUGCCACAACAACAGUCAGUGAUGAUGUGUACAUGACCUUCAUCACCAGCAAAGAGGAUUUGAAUAAUACAGAAGAGGAUGACCCCAUGUCCAAACUGAAAGGCCAGAAGAUUGUGUCAUGUCGAAUCUGUAAAGGGGAUCACUGGACAACUCGCUGUCCAUACAAGGACACCCUGGGACCCAUGCAGAAGGAAUUGGCUGAGCAGCUGGGACUCACCACAGCUGAGAAAGAAAAGGGCUCAGAACCUGAACCAGCCCAACCAGCUCAGAGCAAGACCGGGAAGUAUGUCCCCCCCAGUUUAAGAGAUGGAGCCAAUCGGCGUGGAGAGUCGAUGCAGACAAAUCGCAGAGCUUUGACAUCCCAGGCUGUUACAUGUUGUGUUGAUGCUGCUGUGUUUCCUGUCCCCCAGCGGAUGACAAUGCCACAAUCCGUGUCACUAACCUUUCAGAGGACACACGAGAAACUGACCUGCAGGAACUGUUCAGGCCCUUUGGUUCCAUUUCUAGAAUCUACCUGGCUAAGGACAAGAACACUGGCCAGUCCAAGGGUUUUGCCUUUAUUAGUUUCCAUCGUCGUGAGGAUGCUGCCAGAGCCAUUGCUGGGGUUUCAGGCUUUGGUUACGAUCACUUAAUCCUGAAUGUGGAAUGGGCAAAACCAUCAAACAGUUGAGAGGUUACUGAUGAGCUGAACUAACAGAACACCUGCCAGUUCAAAUCAAAUUGUUGAUAUCACCAAAUAAAGUUUCUGGACCAGC